AUGACAAGUGUUUCCUUCAACUUGAUUGUUGCUGCUACUCCUGAUGGUGGUAUUGGUUAUAAUGGAGAUAUGCCAUGGCGUCUUCCAAGUGAUCUGGAUUACUUUAUGCGAAUUACAACGUCUUUUAGAAGAUCUUCUAGAGCUCCACUGCCCUACCCAUCAGUGUCUUCAGCGCAUGAGUUGCAAACAGUCACUGCCCAUUCAGACUCCCAAUUAAAUGAAUCUGUCCAGGCAAAUCUCAACGUAGUGAUCAUGGGCCGUAAGACUUGGUUUUCUAUACCAAAGAAAUUUCGUCCAUUGCAGAAUCGCAUCAAUGUUGUGCUGACUAGUAAUGAAUCUCUAAAACAAGAAAUUGUCAGUGAGUCAACCCCUACAUCUCCUGUGUAUGUAUUUUCAGAUUUUCAAGAAGCACUUGCCAGCAUCUCAACUGGAAAGUCACCGAUCGGAAGUAUCUUUGUUAUGGGUGGAUCGCAGCUCUACCAAUCUGCUCUCUAUAACCCGCAGUGUCAGAUAGUUUUUUUGACUAGAGUAGAGAGACUGGCAUCUACUCUACAAGACACUGAGUCUAAGAAUACGGCUAUUCAAUGCGAUACAUUUAUUCCGUCCAUUCCAACCGACACCUUUCGAGAGCUCGGUUCCAAGGAAAUCAUCGAAAUGCUAGGUCCCAACGUAAACUUGUCCCAGCAAUCAUGUGGAAAAUUCACAUUUAAACAUCAAGUGUAUGUCCGAAAUACCAGCACUUUAGUCUAA